CAAAAGGACCCGGACGCCGGCGGCGGCCAGGGGCUGCUCGGAGGCUGGAGCUGCCCCGCGCCGCCGUCCCGGGACCCGCGAGAGCGCCUGCCGCGGUUCGGCCCACGUGUGAAAAGCACCAGGAAGCUUUUGAUUUUAAAUCGCAGGCAAUAUAAUUCUGAACUGGCAGCAUAAUUUUCAACAGCUCCUGCCUGGAACCACAACCUACUAAUUUCUGUGACUAAGGGCUAAUGACUCUUCUUGCUUUUCACCGAAGUUGAAUGAAGACCCCUGUGCACUUUAUUUCCUGUCUCUGCCGUCCGGCCUGCUGAAGGCAGCAUUUUGAAAUCUCAGCUAUAAGGACAAACCGCCAAAGUUUCACUCUUGCCUUAACAAUGUUCCAGAGGCUGAAUAAAAUGUUUGUGGGUGAAGUCAAUCUUCCUUCUGAUCAAGAACCAGAAUUCAGUGAAAAAGAGGAUGAUGAAUGGAUUCUUGUUGACUUCAUAGAUACUUGCACUGGUUUCUCAGCAGAGGAAGAAGAGGAAGACGAUGACAAUGACAUUAGUCAGGAAUCACCUACAGAGCAUCCUUCAGUCUUUUCCUGUUUACCUGCAACUUUGGAGUGCUUGGCAGAUACGAGUGAUUCCUGCUUCCUCCAGUUUGAGUCCUGUCCCAUGGAGGAGAGCUGGUUCAUCACCCCUCCCCCAUGUUUCACUGCAGGCGGAUUAACCACUGUCAAGGUGGAAACGAGCCCUAUGGAAAACCUCCUCAUCGAACACCCCAGCAUGUCUGUCUAUGCUGUGCACAGCGCCUGCCCUGGCCUCGGUGAGGCCAGCUGCGGGACCGAGGAGUUCCAUAACCCGAGCAGUCCUAGAAUGGAGGCCCAAAGCGAAAUGGGGCAACACAUUCACUGCUAUGUUGCAGCUCUUGCUGCUCAUACAACUUUUCUGGAACAGCCCAAGAGCUUUCGUCCUUCCCAGUGGAUAAAAGAACAUAGUGAAAGACAGUCUCUGAGCAGAAAUAGCCUUCGUCGCCAAAAUCUCACCAGGGAUUGCCACUCGCGGCAAGUCAAGCACAAUGGCUGGGCUGUCCACCAGCCCUGCCCACGGCAGUACAACUACUAGGAACUUCCAAGUUUUGCUGGGUGGUUUUUCUUGGUUUGGGCAUACGUGGGUGGAUGUGUAGAUGUAACGUGAAAACGCUGGCUCUCUGCAGCCAGCUGUGACCAAUCACUUAGUUCAUCAGCGUGCUUAAUCGCCUGGAUUUCUGUGCUGUACCACCUAACGCCUUGCUCCUAACGUGUACUUUUUUGUAAGUUUUCUCAGAAUAUUUUUGGAAACAUAUCAAUAUAAUGACAGUGUUUGGUGUUUGGGGAUGUCUUUAUUAAAGUGUAGAUGAGUUAGCAUUUUAAAGACAUUCUUCCCCCCAAGUACAGGAACAGUCAUCUUUCAAUUUCAUUUCAUUUUGUAUUAUUUAAUCUAUCUUUUGAGUAAGCAAAAUUUAUUCUCAGGGUCAUCCGUACACUUUAUUGACCAGUACUUGAUAAUCUUUUCUGUAUAUAAUGAAUGGAUUUUUACACACUAACAUGAGCAUUAACAGGUUAUAUUUGCCGUGGAUAUAAUGGAAUCAUGGCUGGACUUCCUUUUGAAAGAAAACUUGAUAUAUUUCUGGGUGUGAUUUUUUUUUUUCCAGAUGAGUCAUUCAGUUCACUGUGGGAUUCAGGUACACUGAGCUUUGGUGAGCAGUGCUUUCAGUAAUUCCGAUGUGACUGUGUGACGUGGUACAAAUGUCGUCGGAGUCACAGACAAAUCGCUUAUCUUACACAGGGGAGAGAUGAGACCUGUGAAAUCACCUUUAGAAAAAUGCAUGUCUAUAAGUGACCCAUUAGUCCAGUAUUUUUUUUCUGCCAGCUCUGUCCACUCCCCCUCUCCGUCAGCUGUAAAUUGAACAGUGCUUAAGCAGGCAGCGCCUGAGAGACUUCAUCUGUGUCUGCUCACAGGAAGAGAGACAGUGAAAGUCCUCUGACAUCCACCGCCCCACCACAGCAAGCAAGGCGAAGGGGCGUUUCUUGAUGUCUUUUCCUAGGCCUAAGUGAAGAACCACAGAUUGGCUUCCUUGAAUCCUCAUUUUUUGUUUUAACUUCAGGCAGAAUCUUUAACCACUUGGGCCUCUGUUUCCUCCGCAGCAGGGGAGUCCUAACACUUACGUCCUUCACAGAGUUGAUGUGAGGACUGUCCUGACUGGAAGUGGGCUGUCCAGACCCCACCUUGCGUGAGCUUCCAAGGGCCUUUCUACUGAACCUAGUGAUGGGGGCCGUGGCAGUGUUUCUGCUGCAGCGGUUCCUCACGGGGUUGGUGCUAAUGAGGCCAGGGUUCAGGGUUCAACUCACACGUAGGCCAGUUCGCUCGACACAGAAAAAUGCAUUUCCUUACCUCUAGCCAGUCACUUCGUUUCCCUGCAGUUGUGAUGGGUUUUGCUGAGCCAGCCACACUCUCACCAGCUUCCUCAGAAAAUAAAACACAUUUGAGGUUCGGAGCACAUCGUAGUGACAGAAUGGUGGCAUUGCCUUUAAAAUCCAGCAGCUUUUCCUUCUCCUCUGCAGCACACAUCUAUGAAGUGUUUUCAAGGAAAAAGCGUAUAGUUACGUGAAGUAUUAUAUUUUUCAACAACUCUGUAACAGCUUGAUGCAGGGACCUGGAACUCAGGAAGAGCUGUGCUCUUUUCUGACCAGCCCUUUAGAGUUGAAAGGGGUCAAGCAUAGACAGUGGCUUAGAUUGUUCUGCUGGCUGCGAUGGCGAGCCAGGAAGUCUCUUCACAAGAGUCUAGAUCCCCCUUUCUUUCCUUAUCCCCUUUUAUACUGACUUCCCUUUUAUUUAUUUAUUUUCUAAGUAGGGGCCAAGUCUAUAAAGUUUUGUCAAACUGAGUUAGAAGUUCUUUGUUGUUAUUUGUGUUUACCAGAGUUGUGGGAUGAGGUAGUUUUCAUGAAGGUGUGUUUGUUUUAUAUCAUGUCUGUUAAGCGCUACAAGGUGGUAACUUGAGAACAGACCAGCUAAAUAUCCUUGGAACCUAAGCCUCUGCAUACAUGGGGUGUCUUUGUCUUACGUUGCAUGCAAGUUAUUGGUACCUCACAAGCUACAGAUGUUCAGCCAUGGGAAUUUGUCUGGCAGCAUGAACAGAGUUGCAUAGAAGCUGCGAUGGUCGUCUUCUAACUGCUCCCCCCAAAGAUUUUGUUGUUGUUGUUCCCCCAAAGAUUUCUUGAUCCCUUAAGUAUGUUCACACCUCUCUGUUACUGACUUUCUGUUCCCCUUCUCUGGGCCCAGUUUUUUAUGCUUUAUACCUGGCAAACGAAAAUUUCAGUCACCAGGAUUUUUUUUCAGGGUUAGGGUUCCACCAUCUUUGAUAACAUGGCUUGAUUUCUGUGUCAGUAUCUAAGGUCUCCACUGAAAAUUGGCAAAUGUAAGAAAAUGGUUACAUAAUGCAGUUGAAGCUCUUGGUCACUAGGCAUUUAUUAAGUAUCUGCUGUGUGUGCGACAUGAGGCCAAUAACCACACAGAAUGUUGACCUGGUAUGUAGUCUUUGAAACAUGGCCAAAGUGCAUUUUGUGAGUUUCUAUUUUUGCUGUUGUAACUAUUAGUGGUUUACAUGUGUUUUAGUGCUUAUUAAAAGCUCAGCAGUGAGAAAUAAGACCCCUCCAAAUAUAGCAGUGCUGGCCAUUUCUCAACUGAUAACCUAGAAAGUUACCUGGAAAAGUCUGGAAUGUGUGGUGCACACAGGCAGCGCUUUAAGAGUGAGUUUGAGCUUUUACAAAGCACCAUGUUCCUCAAAAUGUGUGUUUUUGUUCAUAAACAUUAUAUAAUGUGUAUCUUAUGUUUAUUUUUUUUCCUCAGCUAGUUGAAUUAUGCUCUGCACUGUAAUCAGGUUAGCUAGCCAUGAUUUAUCUUCUGUGGCAGUGGGUUUAUAUGGUUGGUUGGGUGGGAAGGUAUUUGUCAAAGAUGCAAAGGGGUUGGAUUUUUACUUCCCAUUUCAGGGAGCUUUCUUUUAAUAUUAAUUUCUUGUGCAUUUUUUCAGUUCCCAUGUACCUGUUCCUGUUUACAUAUCUUCUAUUUUAUGAGUUGUUGGAUUUUACUGACAAGAUAAUUUACUUAAACCCGAGAGGGCUGUUCAGCAUUGCUGUGUAUGGCCCUUUGCUCCUCAAACGUGUACAUAACACUGGUUUGGUAAUUUUCAUGUCUUUAUAAAAUGAUGAAUUUCUGUGCUAUUUCCCAUCUUUCAAAAAAAUACAUUGUCAUUGUUUAUUUUUAAGGAACAUACCCUUUCUUCAUUUUCUGAAUUGGAAACAAAGAUAUGUAGGACUCCACCUAGAAGAUAAGACAUUCUCAUUUAAAUGGGUUAGUGGGAAAUUUUUUCAAAUAUUCUUGUUUUAGAAUCAGUUAAAAGACUGCUCCUUGCCUUGGGAGAUACUUGUACAUGUUGGUAAUGUUACCUUGCAGUUAAUCCUGUUAUUCUGUGAGGCCACAGAAUACAGCUUAAACUCUUAAAAGUUGGGCUCCCAUCCUGGACGGUUUUGCUGCCAUCAGCCGGGCUGAUGUAUUAUAAAUGGCAUCCUUAUCUACUUAUUUUAAUGCUUAAAAUUCUAUAUGAAAUGCUUUAUUUAGAGAACCUACAUAAUAGCAAUGGUGUCGCCCUUGCCAUGUAUCAGUUUCACUUAAAAUUUGACACCAGUUAAAGUGGUUUAGAUAGAGAAAGGUGUAUUGGAAAGCAAACGGAUGUGGGUGUGUUUUCUCAUUUGCAAUGGUGUCCUUUAUGUGGGAGGAGAAGUUACAGUUCAGAAGGAGGCAGCUUAAAUGGAUGUUUUGUGUAUGUUUGAGAAUUCUAAUUGUGACAUUUUGAAUUUUUUAUAAUUGUUAAAUGCCCAGUUUUGUUCUGCAUUUGCCUGAAGAUUUAGUAUUGUUUUCUAGAUGGACAUGUAUACAAACCAAACCAAUAUGGGGGAGGUUUGAUGUACGUGUUUUCAGGCGUGUAGUGUGAAUGGUUUUGUUUGGUUUUUUGGUUGUGUUCCCCCACCCAAGUUUUGAAUAUAAUUACUAAUUGUGUGUGUGUGUUUUUAAGUGGCUUUAUUUUUUUUCCUCAAGUAAAAUUGUGAACACGUUCGCUUUUCCGGGGCAGGGCGUGAGUUACGGAGGCUGACGAGUAUUGUAGACUGUACUAUGUGCCUUCUUGAUGUGUUUCCGGACACACACUCUUUUCAUCAACUUGAAAAACUCAAAAGGGACAUUGGUUAGAUUGUAUACUGUACAUCAAUCUAUGCAUAAAUGGCAGCUUGUUUUCUUGAGCCACUGUCUAAAUUUUUUUCUGUUUUUAUAGAAAUUUUUUAUACUGAAUGAUUCAUAGAUGGUCAGUUUUAUACAGAGUGAACAAUACAGCACUUCGCCAAAAAUAAGUGUAGCAUUGCUUAAACAGUGUGUUUUGACACCAGUUCUUUGUAAUUGGGUUCAGUGGUGCAUUUUGCACUGUCUGAAGUUACGGUUUUUACUCUGUCAGUAAAUAAAAUGUUCUUUAAUGUCA